ACACAUGUUCGCGUUGUUGUAGCACACAAGGAGCUCCUGUACGGUGUCGUUUAUUCGCGUUUUCACGAAAGCACCACGACACACUUGGCCCUAAGAAACCACGCUUUUGCCGGUGCUAGUGAAUGACUUGAAAAGUGAAGUGAAGGGGAUCGCUCACCGGCUUCGUUUAAAGCCCCAGAGUGCACCGAGUUCGUGUGUCCGUAAAAGGCGGACCGACGAAGACACUUCUCCCGAGUCCCGCCGCGUGAGCGAGGUUCCGUUGAAACCGAGUGGCCCUCUUACGAACUCCCCCAAAAGCAAAAUGUCUGCGUUGUUAAAGCCGAGUGCCGUUAGUCAAAAGCGCCGUGAUGUCAGGCUGCCCCGUCAUCUGCUCGCAUGAGCCGACUUCCACUUCCUGCGCAGGCUGGCAGGCAGCGGGCACACCGAGGACGAGCGUGGCCGAGGUAAGUCUCGACGGGCGGCCACGGAGGAGCCACAACAGUCCACAGAGAGGACGGAAGGACGGAGGAACCAGCGGGAGCUCCAUUUUUCAACUUAACUUCUUUGGUCGUCGUCGCCGGCUGACGGUUCAUGGACUAGCCACAUACAUUCGGAUUCCAUUGCUCACUGGCACAAUCUGCUGUCCGUAGCAGAAGUCUCCUGAUCCAAAUAUGUCGCAGCUGCUCCACGUGGAGAUCCCAAACUUCGGUGCCACAGUACUGGGCUCCCUUAACGAGCAGCGUUUGUUAGGACACUACUGCGAUGUCUCCAUCCUGGUCAAAGGACAGGCAUUCAAAGCUCAUCGGGCAGUUCUGGCUGCCAGUAGCCUGUACUUCCGCGAUCUCUUCAGCACAUCCACCAAGACCCAGUUCGAGUUGCCUUCUUCGGUCACACCAGCAUGCUUCGAGCAGAUUCUUUCCUUCUGCUACACGGGAAAGCUGACCAUGGCCGCGAGCGAACAGCUGGUGGUUAUGUACACAGCGGGCUAUCUGCAAAUCCAGCACAUCGUGGAGCGCGGUAUGGACCUGAUGUUUAAGGCCAACUCACCUCACUGCGACUCACAAACGGCUGGCACCUUAGAGGAGACUGGCUCGGAACCACAGAGUCCGUGCAACAAUGGCAACGGCCUGGCAGUGGCAGCCCUCCUGGCAAACCCUGGCUGGUCCCCAUCUCUCCUCAUGCCACCGCGCAAGAUUAAACUAGAAGGUGGCGAUCCAACGCCCCUCACUAUCGCAACCACGCAAGCCAAAAUCUCCUCUUCAGAGUUGGGCGGCCGGUUGGCAAGGGCCAGUUCGCUCUUCUACACCACGGCAGGUGGAACCACCAUCCCCGGCGUGCCACCUUACCACCUUCUGGGUGCCGGCGGUGGUGGGGCAGGGGGCGGAGCAGCAGGUGAGCGUUCAAGUCCUGGUGAAUCCAGUCUCCCCACCACCGACAGUCCUACGUCGUACCAGAACGAAGAUGAAGAGUUUGAGGAAGAGGCCUAUGAUGGAAUGGCAGAGGACGGCUUCAGUCACCUCUAUGCUCGUUCAGGAAACCCCUAUGGCUUGCCAGACAAGCCGGAGAUAGCGGGUGUGCCGUUGGCCUUAGAGAACCGCAACUGUGUGCUGAUCCGUCGGGACCUGGUGGCACUACCAGCCAGCCUCAUCAGCCAAAUUGGCUACCGAUGUCACCCCAAGCUCUACACCGAGGGAGACCCCGGGGAGAAGCUGGAACUGGUCGCUGGUACGCAGGUGUUCAUGACACGAGGUCAGUUGAUGAACUGUCAUCUUUGCGCCGGAAUCAAACACAAGGUCUUGCUACGUCGUCUGUUGGCGACCUUCUUUGAUCGAAACACUCUAGCCAACAGCUGUGGGACUGGUAUCCGCUCUUCCACCAGUGACCCCAGUCGGAAACCCCUGGACAGCAGGGUCCUCAAUGCUGUCAAACUCUACUGUCAAAACUUCAACCCUAACUUCAAGGAGAGCGAAAUGAAUGUGAUUGCUGCUGACAUGUGCACCAAUGCGCGGCGCGUCCGCAAGCGCUGGCUGCCCAAAAUUAAGUCCAUGCUGCCCGACGGUAUGGAGGUGUACCGCAGCGGCAUGGCCAUGAGCGGAGCCGCAGCCGUACCAGCGGGCCUGAACCUCGGCCUGGGCGCCAACCCGCAACAGGUGCCGCUUCCGUUCGAAGGUGACUUCAAGAGCUUCGAACAGAGGCUGUACCCUGAGCGCAAGGACCCCCUGAGGACUCAUCCGGCGCUGACCGACGGCAGCCCAGGCUCAGCGGCGGCGGCGGCUUCAGAGGCGGAAGCCGGAGGAAUCCAGGAGGAGGAUGAGGAGGAUGCCGGCUUGGAGGCUGGCGACGCCUCGACAAAUUUGAUAUCCAAUACAGCCGAGGCAUCAGCUUGUGGUGACGCGCCGGCCGAGCAGGAAGGUUUUGGACAAGGCCUGAGGGUGAAUGGACAGUGAAUGUCCCCUCGCAACAUGUUUGUGAAGUUAUGCUUAACCUUUUGCUUGUUCUCUGCCAUCUUUCCUCUUCUUUUUCUGUGCUUCCUCCGCGGUGCAAAAAGCUUGUGAUCGUACGCCAGGGGAAUUUGCUGCACAUGUACGUGCACGGAGGCGCUUUUGUGCAGCUACCCCAUUGUUGACUCACAAAAAGCGCUCCGAGCAGACACAGGCAUCAAUAGGCUUCACUAUUCUUCACCUUUCUUGUACUCCUCGGAAUUUCACCUUGACAAAUAACAAUGUGACUGGUAUACAAAAGCGCCUCUCUUGCCGGAGCUCUGGAGACCUUUUCCAAAUGAGGAAGGAAUUAUUCGAUAACUAAAAGUGAAAUACAUGAAACAUCAAAUGUUCUUUUUUCACACAUUACCUGAAAUUAAGGAAAGAACAUAUUUUACUACCUAUUGUAUCCUUUGGUAAUUGUGUGUGUGUGUGUGUGUUGUGUGUGUGUGUGUGUGUGUGUGUGUGUGUGUGUGUGUGUGUGUGUGUGUGUGUGUGUGUGUGUGUGGUGUGUGUGUGUGUAUAUAGUACAGAUAUUUUUUUAUGAGUUCAUAUCACAUUUGAAUUUUCAUCAGGGCCCGAAAUUUGCGAAUGUUUUGUGCGGAGAGCAUGCUUUUAUUCGGCUAGAGUUAAAAUUCUGCAUACUUUUCACAAAAUGUGAGAUCUGAAUUAUUAUUUUUUUGUGUGUGGAAAACACUAAGCAUAAUUUUUCGUUCGAUCACAUGAAAAAUUAGUCGGAUGGUAACAGUGCACAACAUUUCCAAGAUUAUCUUUCAUCAUAGUUAGCCGUUUCUGAUAUGUAUUGUAUGCAGAAUACAACACAGUCACAUUUUUAAUUGUAUCAUGUUAAAAUUUGGCAUUUUUGUCACAGUUCUUGAGAUCUCAGCAUUGGCCAACAAUUGUAAAUUUCAUCUUGGUUAGCCAUGUCUUUUAUUAUCAAAUUCUGUUCUUUACUUUAGGCCUCAACAUCCUGUGUCAUAUUCGGACGUUUCAGCUAUUUUGUGUCUAUAACGCAGGUCCCGUUUAUUUGCUGGGGGUCGCAUUAUCGUGUUGAAUGUCGGUAACAGCACCUGUGCUCUCAAUAUGGGCAAAAAAAAUUGCUUGUUUUUUGUGUGCGCAUCGAACCAAGGUUCUCUUUGGAACAAGUUCAAAUUUUGCAAGUUGGUGACAGCAUUUGAGAUGUCAACAUGGGCCAGAAAUGAUUCUCUUCAAUUUUCAUGAAGUUCUAACACUUGAUCGCAUACAUUCAAUGUUAUUUAUACAUUGAAAUGGUUGUGUCGUACAUAUACAGUAUCACAGUUAGGCGAGGAUGCCCUAUGGGAUACAACCAUGCAUUUCUGUUGUGUUUAUCCUUCUAGUGCUGUAUCAGUAUGAUGAUGCCUAUGUCUGCUUUUGGAACGCGUACCCUGACCCCACAGACACACACACGUACAAUAUAAAUGCUAGGCAAUGCAUUGAAAAAAGAAAAUAACCAUGCACCGCAACAAUGCUUUUGUACAACAAUAAUCUUGUCUUGAGGGUAAAAGAACAUGCACUAAAUGUUAUAUUGCAUGCAUGAAUACCGACUUGGUGAUUACCAUCCAGUCUAUCGAGAACUGCAAGUAUACAAGAAAAUGACUGUUGGGGUUAUUUUAAAAUUUUAUUUUCUAACUGAGAUCUUACCUCUGCGUCCUCUGUGUUGUCACUCGGGUGUGACCCAGAAGUGACUUGUUUGACAUGAUCAACGGUGCACGCUGCCAGCCCGCCUAGACGGGAGUGUGGGAGGUUUUUCCCAAUCGAAGCCCUGUUUUACCUUUACAACACACGCUCCUCCUUCCAUCAUCCUAUUGUAUGUUCUUUCCCCUCUGAUGGGUUGGGCAGGUAAAUCAUUAUCGAUACACUGCUGGCUUAUUACAUUUGCACUCUAAAAGACUUUUGAAAUCAUCUUGUGAAAGAUGUGACUGAAUCUCAGACUGAAAGUGGUGUCCCGUUGGAAUGAAUUUUUUAUUUUUUUUUAAAGGAGGGUGAUAUCAAAUAUGGAUUUAAGAGCUAUUUAUUUGUCUUGCACACAAGCUUUUCUAUUUCCAUGCUAUCCAAUACUAUCCUGUUUUACUUAUUCAUGUCCCCAACUCAUGUUUAAUUAUAGUUUAGUCCCCCACAAUAAGAUUAGCAGACGAACAUGUUUGAAAAACAACAGUAACAUUUCCCCCCGAUGCAAAAUUAAUUGUAAUAUCCCCAGUAUGUGUUGAUUUAAAAAAAAAAAAAAAAAAAAAAAAAGAUAUGUGCCAUUUGGAAUGAUAUUUGGAGGUGAGGUCCUGCACAGGGAGUACAGGGUUGCAAUUGCACUAUUGGUAAUGAUGUAAAUGAUGUUUACAGUUGUUUUUUUUCUCAAAUGUCACUUAGAACAGAGCUAGCAUAGACUAGAAUGGCUGAAUGUAAAUUUUGAGCUCUGCUUCAGUAAAUUUUCCUGAACAGUCUUCCAGAGUAGGUAUUUGGCCUUUUCCACCCAUGUGGUCAAAUUUGAAUGAGGAGCAUCUGCUGCUUUUAGCACUCCUAAAAUGACCCGUACACAUCCUUUGAGUGAAUUUGAGUGUUACAGCAAGUGUCUUUAUUUCACUACUGGAGUUCAAUUUAAAAAGACAAUCUAUAACUAUGAUUUUGUGUUGAUUAUAACUAAUGAAAUUCAAAUUCACCAUUGUGAAAUUACCAUAUUUCAGAAAAAAAAAACAUUUAAUAUAGAAAGUAGGAAUUUGCCCGCUUAAAAAUGUUAUCCACAGUCCCCUUCAAAAGCAUUGGAACUGCAAGGGCAAUUCCUAUACUGAAGACAGUUGGGAUUUAGAUCAAAAGAUGUACUUGAUAAAAGUUUAGAAUUCCAUCUUUUAUUUCAUGGUAGUUACAACCAGUUGUGUUAAACAACUCGGGACAGAGCACCUUUUGUUUGAAGUUACUCACUUUUCAAGUGUGCAAAAUUAUUGGAACCUGACUGAUGGGUGUUUCUAGUUGCUUGGGGGUUGUCUUUUAGAUGAAAUUAUCGGAACAGGAAAUAUUAAAUACAUUUAAAGUGAACAUUUAAUAUUUUCGUGCCAUAACCGUGACUGCUUGCAAUAACUGCGACCCAUUGACUUCACUGGACUGUUUCAUUCUUUGUUUGAAAUCCUUUUCCCGGUCUUUACUGCAACCUCUUCAGUUCUUGUUUGUUUCUUAGGGUGGUUCUUCUUAUUCAGUCUCCUCUUCAGGCGGGGGGGAUGCAUGCUCUAUUGGGUUAAGGUCCGAUGAUUGACUUGGCAAGUCCAUGUCCUUUUACUUUCUCUUCCUGAUGAAGUCCUUUGUUGUGUUCACAGUGUGUUUUGUGUCAUUGUUUUGUUACAUGAUGAAGUUAGUCCCGUUUGGAUGCAUUUUUCUGGAAAUUAUCUUUUUUUUUCAGGUUCAAGUAACCUCAUUGUCAGAUGUGUUAUACAUACGUGACAACCAUCAUGAGUUAAGUCAUCAAUAAAGACUGGUGAGCCCAUUCUAGAAGCGGCCAUGCAAGCAUAAGCCAUGACAUUACUUCCACCAGGCUUCACAGAUGAAGUUGUGUGUUUUGGAUCAUACGUAGAGCCUUUUUUUCCACAUUUUGGCCAUUACAUUACUUUAGUAAAAGUUAAUCUUGGGCUCAUUAGCCCAUAAAACCUAUCCAAAGCUUUUUUGGCUCAUCUCUGUAAUGUUCAAGCAAUCAGUCUAAAAGAUAAUACCCGAGCUACUAGAAACACCCUUAAGUCACAAUACCUUUUUUCAAGUCACAAUACCUUUGCUCACUUGAAACGUGGGUGGUCUAUCCUCAGUUGUUACAUACAUUGAGCUGUAAAUAUGAAAUAAAAGUUGGAAUUCAGAACUUUUUUUUUUUCCUCAUAUCUUUUGAUCUGAAACCCAAAUGUGUUCCGUAUACAACAAAAAACAAAACAAUUGACCUUGCCGUUGUGAUACUUUUCGAGGGGACUCUGAGUAUCAAUUAUCGUAGUGAGCUACUGAAUUAAAUGAACUUUUCUAGAGUUUCUACUUUGAGAUGUACUUGUAUAUUUCCUCAUAUAAUGGCCUCCCCUUUAGUAGACGCUGUGCCUGUUUAUCACCAGGUGCAUAGGUCCCUUAAAAACUCCCAAAGGAAAGGUCUUACAGCUGUGCACCUUGACUGCUAACUUCAAGACUGACUUCGAGCAGGUGUCAAUAGCCUCUUUUACACACAGAGAACACAAAAUGACCACACAACAAAAGACCCAGAAUUCUUCUACCUUUAUGUAGAAGCCAGGAAAGGUGGGAUAUUUCCACAAUCAUGUGUGUCCUUUUGCAGAGCAACCCACAAACUUGAUUUGAUGACGUAAGUGCCGGCAUCUGGUGUGAUGUACAAAUACUCAGCGGACAGCGACAAUUGCUUUCAUUGUCAGAUGUUAAAAUCCAGGCUCCAGAUUUCUCUUGUCCACAUGUGAUUUCCUGGCACUUGUACAGCUUUGAGACUACCGACUUUGAGUGCCCACCCCCCACCCCCGACGCCUGUUCCGUGCUCCAUACUGAACACAAAAAAGGGAAAAAUGACUUUUUGAAGGCAACGUCAAAGGAGUUUUAAACGCAGGCGCUGCCUCAUUAGUAUAUUGCUGAGCCGUCAUCAUUCCACCUCCCAUUCCGUAUCGCCGGGUUGACAUUGCAGAUGGGGUUAGGUUCUGUUUUCAAUUUGUCUGGAUAAAAAAAAAAAGGUAAAAUAAAUCAAUUUGUGCCAUGUAUACAGAAAAGUGACAAUGACAAAGGCAGGCAAAUUAUUGCUACCUCCGAAGGCAGAAAGUUGCCACGUUGACUUCAUCCCCCUUAUUUUGCUUUGGUUCCAUUCAUCUUGGCAUUGUUUGAUGCCAUAAUGACUCUGGUACUACCUCUGAAGGUACCAGAACAUGAAAAAAGAUACAAAUGCAGAUACCUGACUGUUGAAAGCAGCUUUAAAGGGGCUUUAACACAGGUGCAAUCCCAGCCUGCUAUGGCUCGACUACCUCCGAAGUAAAAAAAUUUUCAGGUUGACUUCCCCUUCCCCAAUCCCUGUUGUGUUGUAUUUAUAUUGACACAGUAAAAAAUUAAGAGGUGGAAAAAAAAUACAUCUUUUGCACCCAACAUAAGUAGGGCUUUACACAUAGGUGGUAACCUGCCUCUGUUACUACCUCCAAAAGCGGAAAAUUGCCUGGUCAACUUUAGUGCCCCUAUUUUGUCUCGGUUUCAGUCCAGGGAUCAAAGAAAUUGAUCAAAGGUGGAGUAAAGUGGCUUUUAACACAGGUUACAUCCCACUUCUGAUACUACCUCCAAAAGUAGAAAAUUGCCAGGUUGACUUUUGACCCCCUGGUUAAUUCAUUUUCUACAAUAUAUUAAAAAUAAUGAAAAAAAAAAUGCUGUUUGACCGGCAGUGUGAAAGGGGCCAUACUUGUAAGUGACAUUGGGCCUUCUUCACAGCUCUGUUACUACCUCUUAAAUAAAAUUGCUGCGUCUUCAUCAUCACUUUAUGCAGACAGCAGAUGUGUUUGAUGUUUCAGGCAGUCCAAAAGGGGCCUCUGUUGAGCUUCUGAUACACCAGUGGGCUACCUCCCAAGGCAGAAAUUUACUUUGUCGACUUUGCACCCCGCACAUUCCAGGGUUAAACAAAAUCCCCGAAGUACUGGCACAAUACUCCAUUGAUCUAUUCCUAUUAAAGCCCUGAAUAACCUUAAAAUAAUAAAUUAACAACUUUGGCCACUAUUUGAGGAAAUAUUGAAGUUCAGUGGGAAUUGCCUUUGAAUAAUUGACCUGAUUAUUUAUAUUUUACUAUAUUUUGAGUUCCUUAAUUUGAAACCUGGAGCUGUUUUUCAAGUGCAUUUUUGUACACCAUGCACUCAUUAUUUUGGUGGAUGACGAAACCAAGUAAGAUUAAAUGAUAAAUGAACAAAGAAUAUUAUGGGAAUGCUACACUGUGGUAAAGGAGUGUGAAGCUGUGCCUUAGACUGUGACUGUGAGUGUGCGUCAAUGAUGCCCACCAAGACUGAAUUAAAUGCAAUUUUAUUUUAUUUUAUUUUUUUUACUAAAGCUGCAAUUUUACGAAACCUGACCUCCAAAAUGGCUUGUUUUACCCAAUGUAUUAUUGAUCAUGGCUGAUCAAGUUUUUUUUUUUUUAUAAAGACAAAGGGGGUGGUCGUCAAUACAGAAAAAUAUGCGGUACCACUUUACAAUAUUGUUUCCAUAUGGAUUUUUUUUUUAAUGAAAUCACUACAACACUUGUAAAUGGCUUGCCUUAAAAAAAUCAAAGGGACUAGAUGGGAAAAUUAUAAUUAUUUCACAAAGUUGCAAAUGGUAAGCAGUAAUAGAUAUGAAUUCACAUUUUGUGAAGGUAACAAGCCAAGAAAUACAUUUUUCAAAGUAUUUUGCAAUAUGAUCAAAAAUAUUCCCAAUAGUUGCAUUUGUUUAUUAAAAAACAAUUGACUGCUAUUCUAAUUCCCAAAAUGUCUAAAUUUCCAACUGUAUUUUUAUAAAUUACUAAUAACAGCAAUGUAAAAAAAAUACUUAUCAUACACAAAAUAUUGUUUUAUUGUAAAGUUUAAAUCUUAAUGGUUUGAGGCCAUGUUAAUUCAAUAAUAAUCUACAUAUAAACUAUUCAGGUGUAUUGUAAAGUGGUAUCAUCUUAGAAAAAAAACAUCCUUUAAAAAAAAAAAAUUCAAGUGUUUCUUCUUUUUUUUUUUUUUAUUUUUAUUUUUUUGUCGUCACGAUAGCCUGAGAAUGUCAUGAGAAACUUUGUACUGACUGAAAGAGAAAGCCCCCCGAAAGACUUUUGUGGUCCAUUCAAAUGCUCACUUUCUUCACUUUUCCCUUCAAAUAACUUCACACUCGUUCAUUGAUGUUUGUAAACAAAAGGGCGGUGUCAGACUUCAAAAAAAGAAAAAAGUUGAUAUGCAAAAAGAGGGAGCGCUUUUACCAUCCAGAUGCAUGCCAUUCAAAGCUAACCCGAAGAAACCUCUGACCUUUUAUGCACCGUGUAUUAUGCUACUUUAAACACAAGACUGUGAAGUGUCGCAGCAGGCUGGCUUCUUUUCUCGUCAACAACAACACUUUGUUGGGCCUUUUUAGUGAAUGUUUUAUGUUUUUGUUUUUGGUGCGUGUGUACAGCGAAAAGAGAGCACGGAAUAUAUGUCGAGUAACUCCCUGGUUGAUGCAUUUGAAUCUUCAGCAGACUUUUUGAGAAGAGAAAGGAGGGAAAAAAAGAAAAUGCACGCAAAUGUUUGAAUGUGUAUGUAUUUCUCCUUGAACCAGCACUUUAGAGGGAUUUCAGGCAGGAUUUCCCAAUCACUCCGCUCAAAAAAUACAAAUUACCGAUCGACAAGGAUCAAUUAAUACAUUUUGGGUCCCUGUUCCUCACUUUGGGCCAAUGUAAUUUAGGGGUCAUUGUUUAUAAAUAGGUUAUUACAUUGCUUUGCUCACAUCAUUAAAACUCAAUGACUUGAAUUAGGCGGGAAAAGUAAAUCUAGGAAUUGAAAAGUCGGAGGGUUUUUUUUGUUGUUUUGACCAAGACUAAGUUAGCCAACACAGUAGACUGGUUAGAGUGUCUGCCUCACAGGAUUAGUAUGAUAAACAGUAUGUUUGCUUUAAUAAUUACUGAUCCCACCCCACCCCCCAAUAAAUAAAUAAAGGGCCUAACGGGACAAGCCGAAAUAAUGUCUAUUGCUCGUCCUAUCCAAAUGAAAACGCCCCUUUGACUAAUUUAGGGUCUGUGAGCCUCAGUUUUGGAAAUCCUGCUUUAAUUUAGAAUUUUAAAAAAAGGAAAAAAGCGUGUCAUGGAAAAAAAACGAGAAAGUCGCACAUUUUUUAAGCCAUGUGUUCUGAGCGCUGACAAUCAGGAUGUGUGGAUGGAUGCACUCUGGGAGGACGUGACUUGAACUGCUGUGCUCUUGCUUUUUUUUUUUUUUGCGAGUCAUCCUCCUCUUUUGCCAAUCUUAAUACUUGGGAGGGACACGAAGAUGAUAAAGACAGACUCAUUCUUGGGACUGAUUUCUUGGUGCUUUGGACCAGGACUCCUAAAAGCUCCACUAGGCUGACCUCAAUAUGGAGAAAAGACUUUUGUCACGCAACUCCACAUUUUAAUCAUGGAAGUUCUUCAUUAGCCAGCUUUGACCUAUCUCGAAUGGGACGAUUUCAGUGUUGCUUUUACAUUUUAAAAAGGAUGAAAAAUGUUUAUGCGCCUUCUGACAGCAUUAAUAAUAACUAUAAUAUAUAUACAAGAUAAAAAUGCAAGUUGCUGUUUUUGAUGUUGCAUUAAGAAAAAUAGACUGUUCAUUCCCAUCAUGGUGUGUCCCAUCACCAGUUGUGUAGUCCAAGAUUCCUGAUUUCUUUCAAUGCAAUACAGAAAAAUCUGCUUUCUAAUAAAAAAA